AUGCUAAAAAAAUUCUAUAUUAAAGAUUUAAUUCAUCGAGAUUUAAAAGCUGCUCAGAUGCAAACCCAUCAAAUCGAACAUAUGCAAAAGAUCUUUCAAGAAUGGUUGAAAGAUUUUGUUAGAAGCAGAAAAAUUAAUAAUGUUUCAUCAACUGAUGAUUCAUCUUUAACAAAUAUAAUACAUCCUGAAGCUGUUUAUAAAAGCAGCCCACUUAGCUUCAAAAAUCUUUCUGAACUAAAGAAUUCUGAUAAUUAUUAUGAAAUGUUAUUUAUAUUAACUGCUAAUCAUUUACAGGAAGUUUCUAAAUCUGACUGUAGCGAUUUGAUUAAUUUACGAACAAAAGUGCGUUUAAUCCAUCAAUAA